UAAUUGCAAUUGCAUAACUGCAUAAUCUCAUAAGUUGUUUUUUCAGCCCUUUCACUUGACAGUAGCAGUAGACAGGAGGUGCAAGCAUGAGUACAUUAACUGUGUCCAUUGUGAUACUGCUACUAAUAGCUGGUACAACCAUGAGCCAAAGGAUGGGCUCUAAUGUACAAUACAGACCUGAUCAGUGUCUGAGAGGUGAUAAGCACAGCCCGGAGCCAGAGACUGGUGACUAUUAUGCUUGCCAUCAGUGGAAGGACGGGGCCUGCUGCAGCUCAAAUUUUACCAAACAGCUAGCAAAUUCCUCAGUCACCAGUAUUGAUGGGUUCCAUUGGGAUCGAUGUGACAGCAACCUCUCUUCGCAAUGUAGGAAGUUUUUCGUAGAAAUCGAAUGCUUUUACAGGUGUUCACCAAAUGUUGCUCAUUUCGAAGUGGCGGAGUUUCCAAGUGCUUUUGCAAACCUACCGCUAUGCGGUGAUUAUUGUGACAGGUGGUAUGAAGCAUGUAAAGAUGAGCGUACUUGUGCAGUCAAUUGGAUCAUGGACUGGGACUAUAAUAACAUGACGGGCGAGAACCACUGCAAAGCAAAUUCACAAUGUCAGAAAUACAGUGAUGUUUAUAGAAAUGGCCGCGGCAUAUGUAACAUGCUUUGGGGUCGCUCCUUCUUUUAUUCUAAUUCCUCGAGCACUGAUCCUGAUGACAGGCGAGAGUGUCUCACGCCUUAUUUCCCAGUAAAUGGGACCAAUCCAAAUACUGUCGUUAUACAAAGGUUCUUCAAUCAAAGUGGAUCGAUGAUGCUCCUAGGAAAUAUCAAUAUUGUGCUGAUUGCCCUCACUGCUGUCUUCACAAUGCUGUACUUCUAAAAGACUUUGCACUGUUGAAUUUGUUAAUUAUUAUUACUAUUCUUUCUUAUUGGUUUUUGUGCAAUGACUUUAAAUUGAGGCCUUUCUAUGAUCAUUCUAACAUAC